CCGUAGGAAAUACCGUUUCUCAACUGAAACGGGUAAAGGCACUUUAAUUGGAGAAAUGGUGGUCAGUAUCUCGCCACGCCUCACACUCCUCUCUUUUCCUUCUUUUCUCUGUUGCGCGUUUGGUGUAAAAAUAACAGAUGUAAGCGACAAACCAUAAUCCUCUGGGCGCCUUUCAUUCUAAAUAAAGUUAAAGACAUUGAAUCAUUUACUUAAAAUCAAUAUAAAAAGAAAGAGAGAGGAAGAAGAUUAAGAUUGUGAAAAAUGACACAGAGCUGCAUAUACAUGGAACUCCUUUCAGCGAUGAAUUAGUAAUCGUUCUCUUAUCAUCGAGGUGUGGUAAGCAGUCGCGUACAAGACAAUUUGAUUCCGAUAUCUCGACGAUUUGAAAUCAAACUUAGAGUACUACUGACUCUGUCGUAAGGAACAAACAUAAGCAACAUCCGCCCGAUUCCGUGAGAUAAAGACAUCAACAGACAGGAAAGGAAAAAAAUGGCAGAUGAGAAAAUUGUGUCAGACGAGCGAUUGUACGAUUACUUGCGUACAUACGCAAAAAGCAUCAAGUUAUUGGCUCCAAAAUUUCACAUAACUGAGGGCACCAAUAAAGGCGAUAAUUACGUUAGCCUCGUCUGUCGCGUCACGAUCGAGGGCAUCGCUGAAGAUGGCGAAGACAAGAAAAUUCAACUUAUUCUCAAAACUACACGAACUUUGGAUACCAGUGAAAUUCUAUCUAGCAGCAACGUCACAAAUAUGUUUCAACGCGAGAUGUUCUUUUAUAAAGAAGUAUUGCCCAUUUUCAAAGAGACUUUGAAGGACCGCGGCGGGAUUAUCGAUCGCUUCCCUAUUUUAUACAACGUGAGCGAUGAAUCCGGAAAAGAGAUACUGAUGUUAGAAAAUUUAGCGCCUCAAGGUUUUGUGAUGGCCAAGUCAAAAAUUUUGGAUUAUCCUCAUCUCAGCUUGGCAUUACGAUGCUUAGGUGAAUUUCACGCAUACAGCUUCAUUACGCGUGUUACGAAUCCAACGAACUUCGAAAAAUUAAAGAUGAAAGAACACUUGUUUAAUAAACGAUUAGUUGAUAAUAUUGAUGAUAAGGAGAAGGAUCUUUCAAAAAUGCUUAUUGAGCUCGUUUUCAAGGCUUUAGCGAAUGAAGAUAAACAUUAUUCCGAAAGAUACCAACGAUUCGUAGAAAAUAUGAUGCAAAACAUGUUCGAUGCAGUUGAUGGAAAAGCUGCUGAGCCAUAUACCGUUGUAAAUCAUGGUGACUCUUGGACUAACAACAUGCUCUUCAAAUACGACGAAGAGAACAUUCCGUACGACUUGCGUUUUAUAGAUCUUCAGCUAUGUCGUUACGCAUCUCCUGUCUUAGAUCUACUUUAUAUACUUUUCUGCUGCUGCACGCAAGAAACACGAAAUGAAUAUUUCGAUCAAGUAAUAUACGAAUAUCACGAAACAUUAUCCAGGUAUAUCGAAAGAGCCGGUUAUGAUCCUAAUAUCCUUUUUCCUUACGAAAUAUUAUCUAAACAUCUUACUAAAUUUGGAAAAUACGCAGCAGGAAUGGCUACUUACACUAUACAUAUAUUUACCAGUAAUGAUGUAGAAAUAAAAAAUGCAUAUGACAGUGAUAUACUUCGAGAAAGAAUAGAAAAUGAUAGCUUUUAUAGAAAUAUGUUAAUAGGUACUUUUAAAGAUCUCGUCGACAGAAAUUAUAUAUAAAGUAAUACUUUCAUAAUAUUAAUAUUGCGAAUGCCAAAGGAAAAUCUUGGAGUCAAAAGUAAAAUAUUAUAUGUAUUAAACUUAGAAAUCAGUGUAGCUGUACUACUACAAGUACAAACCUAUUUUAUUUUAUUAGGUUAGAGGAAUUUCAUUAGUAAUAACUUAUUUACGUAUGAAAAUUGUGUAUAUAUAGUAUAAAUUGUGUAUAUUGAGUGUUUGAAUAAAUUUACUCCGGUUUUUUGUGA